AUGGAAAAAAAUAGGUUCAUUAUUAUUAUUUUGUAUUGUAAUGCAAUAUUUCUGAGUAGAUUUAGAGUUGUUAGUUUCGAUGCAACAGGAACAUUGUUUGGAGUUCGUGGUUCUGUUGGUCAUCACUAUGUAGGUAUCAUCGACAACGAUGCAUUGAAUCGAAACUUUUUAAAGUGUUUUUCGGAGCUUUCAAAGAAAAGUCCUAUUUUUGGUAGGGAUAUAGGCGAGGCCGUUGAGAAUCAGACCGGACAAGAGUGGUGGUCUCAACUUGUAAAGAUGGUCAUGAUACGAUCGGCUGGUGAUCAACAGAGUGUCAUCGAUGCCAUCAAUAAACUACCGGUGCAAUUCUAUCAUGAUCUCUAUCAUAAAUUCGAAGGUGACAGACAAACCCUUUUAGAAGGUCGUGCACAUGAAUGUUGGCAACUCUUCCCAGAGGUUUUACAAACUCUCGACCAAUUAAAGUAUAAAGAUAAAAAAAUUGUAUCAAUCAUUUCAAAUUUCGAUGAAAGAAUUUAUUCAAUACUAAAACACUUGGGAAUCUCAAAUUACUUUAAAGAUGAACAUACUAAUCUUAUUACAACAUCAUUCGAUUGUGGUUAUUCGAAACCAAAUAAAUUGAUAUUUGAAGAUAGCUACAAAAAGAUACAGGCCAUUGAUAGUACUAUUCGAAAAGAUCAGAUUCUCUAUAUUGGUGAUCAUUUAGAGAAAGACUUAAAAGGUGCUGCUGAAUUUGGUUUUAAAUCACUAUUAAUUGAUAGAAAUAAUCAACAUCCAGACAUAACCACAAACAAAAUUGCCAAACUUAAUGAUAUAUUUAAUAUUUAA